AUGUUGGACCGUGAGCGACUCAGCACAAACGUGGGGUCAAAGGGCUCGCCUGAGGGUGAAGAAUGGAAUGGGUCAGGAAGACGCGAUGUGCAGCACACCAGACCUCAUGCAGCAACACCAUUAAUUUGCACAACAUCCGACUCAACCAUGGCAACGUGUCUUACGGUGCAAACACGGGCACAUGGUCACAACAUGCUGCUUAACAACACCCCAAAAGCAUCUGUCAAUGCCACAGACAGCACCGAACCCACAGCUUCCUGCAGCACAUCGACAGCAACAACGCCCAACCACAGAACAGUCAAGGCAGCAGAACAAAGGACACACUAUGCAGCAAUGCAACAACGUUGGCAGCCAGCAGAUGACACAAUGCAAAAAUCACAUGCAGUGCCUGACAACUCUACAAUCUCACCCAGAAAUAUCUCAACACAACACGUAGCAUCUGGCCGUCCAACAGCUGAACAGACCAUAGUAAAUACUGAACAACACAUUUCUUUCUUUCCUUUUUUCGAGAUGAAAUCUCGCUCCGUCGCCCAUGCUGGAGUGCGGUGGCACGAUCUCAGUUCACUGCAACGUCUGCCUCCCAGGUUCAAGAGAUUCUCCUGCCUCAGCCUCCCAAUGAGCUGAGAUCACACCCGGCUAAUUUUUUUGUAUUUUUAGUAGAGAUGGGGAUUCACCAUGUUGUCCAGACUGGUCUCGAACUCCUGACCUCAAGUGAUGUGCCCACCUUGGCUUCCCAAAGUGCUAAGAUUAUAGGCAUGAGCCACCGCGCCUGGUCUAGUUUUUGUAUUUUUUGUAGAUACAGGGUUUCACCAUGUCGCCCAGGCCGGUUUCGAAUUCCUGAGCUCAAGUGAUCCACCACCUUGGCCUCCCAAAGUGCUAGGAUUACAGGCGUGAGCCACCAUGCCCGGCCAAAACAGCAUAUUUCAACACAGCACCCAGGACACAAUAGCACAGCCCAAAAAAAACCAGAUCUGGAGUUAGAUGGACGCGGUUUGAAUCCUCGUUGGUCUCUUAGCCUUGGUGUGACUUGGGCAAACUGACUUCCUUUUUCCGAGCCUCAGUCUUCUCAUCUGUAAAAUGGGCCUGAUGGCACUCCUCUCAUCCUGGGGCUACUAUAAGGAGUCAGUGAGUGUGUGACUGGGAGUCAGUGAAGGGCCUGACCCAUUGCAAGGCUGUUACAGAUCAUGGUGUUGUGGCAGGUUGUAAUGCCCCCCCAAAAGAUGUCCAGGUCCUUAUCCUUACAACCUGUGAAUUUGUUACCUUACAUGGUAAAAAGGACCUUGCAGGUGGGAUUAAGUUGAGGAUUUUGAGAUGAGAAGUUUACUCUAGACUGUCUGGCUGGGCCUAAUGUAAUCACAGGGAUCCUUUUUAGAGGGAGGCAGGAGGGACUGAGUAAGAAAAGAUAAUGUAGGCUGGGUGUGGUGGGUCACACCUGUAAUCCCAGAAUAUAUUGGGAGGCUGAGGAAGGAGGAUUGCUUGAGCACAGGAGUUUGAGACUAGCCUGGGCAACAUAGCAAGACUCCCUCUCUAUAAAAAGUUAAAAGAAUGAGUUGAAUGUGGUGGCACAUGCCUGUAAUCCCAGCUACUUGAGAAGCUAAGGCGGGAGAAUCAGUUGAGCUCAGGAGGUCAAGGCUGCAGUGAGCCAAGACCAUACCACUGCACUCCAGCCUGGGCAACAAGAGUGAAGCUUCAUUUCAAACAAACAAACAAACAAUCAAACAAGUAAACAAACAGACCCCAAACUAUUAUUUUACUUCUGGGGCCCAGAAUUCCAAAAUCAGCUUCACUGGGAUAAAGUCAAGGUGUCAGCAGGGCUGGUACCUCCUGGAGCCUUGAUAAGAGGAUCCAUUUCCUCGCCUUUUCAGCUUCUGGUCGCCCCUUUAUUCCUUUGUGCGAAGCCCCUUCAUCCAUCUUCAAAGCACAUCACUCCAGUCUCUGCUUCCAUCCUCACAUUGUCUCUCUCUGGCUCUUCCUGCACUCCUCUUUUUUUAAAAUUAAUAUUGCCACAUUAUUUUAAAUUAUGUACAAAGACCUAACAUGUCACUCAGGGACCAUUUCACCCACUGCUCUAUUUAGCCGCCAGUCUCUUCAGCAAUGGUGAGGGUUUGGUGUACACAUUAUUUCAUCACCCAGGUAAUAAGCAUAGCACCCGAUAGGUAGUUUUUUCGGUCCUCACCCUCCUCCCAUCUUACCCUCAAGUAGGCCCUGCUGUUUGUUGUUCCCU